AUGGUUUUCAUAGCAACACUUUAUAUGGGUAUGUUACUCACGUUGCUUAUAAUAUAUGCAUGUUCAUCUUUAGCAAUUCUAAAGUCUAAACAGAUUCCAGAAUCUAAAUACCAAGUAGCUCAUCAGAAAGCUUUAAAGAAUGACGACUUGCAACAGCCAGGAAUAUUAACUAUUGAGAAGCUAAAGCAGCAUGAGAGCAACUACUCUAUCAUGACAAGAACCGGCAACCCCAGGUUCAUGAUAGCUUCCUCUGCUACAACCUCCGCUUAUAGGGAAAUAUGUGCUUUAAGCACUGCCUUCCACAUUCUUAUUAUGUUUUUCAGUAUUGGAAGUCUAAGGGCCUCUAAGUCGGAUUACAAGUGGUCAUUGUCAGUGAUUCUCAUUACUCAAUUCAUCAGAAUCAUACUGGGCGCAAUUGCCCCAAUUUCUAGAUGCUUUGCAUCCUUAAGCGUUAAGAUGUCCCUAAAAUGGAUUGUGAACCAUGUCAAAGUCUCUAAGGUGGAGAGCUACUGGACUCAGAAGAUUCCAGAAGACAGUCGUGGUAGAUUGCAAGAUGAUAAUAGUAAUUCUAAUUUCUUUGUGAUAUGUGUGGUGUACAAUCUCCAUUGUGGGAAGUGGUUAAAGGCCAUGUUCAGAGCCUCUAGUAUUAACUUGGUACAAAAUACUGAGCAACUAGGAAAUGAUAAAGAUCUUAGCCGAUAUGUUUUGCAACUUCAAGAUGAUAUGGAGUUUGCUGAGAGAACAUUGAAACAAAUUUCAAAAUCUGUUAACCGCUUGAUCCAAAAUGCUGAAAAACAGCAGCCCAAGAAUCUUAUGAAGCUUCUAACAGAAUCUACAGGUUUUGAAGGAGUUGAAAAGUUUGACAUCCAUCAUGUUCAGCCUUUACUUUCAGAAGAAUAUCUCCAUUGUUAG